AUGCAUUCCUCCGAUCACAGUCGACGAACCCAGCGGCGCCGCCCCGAACUCAACAUCAACACAUCCCCUGCCGGCAGCAGAUCCCGUGAUGCUGUCCCUUCGACUCCCCCAAAGAGAACCCCCGUGCCCGCAAAGGGAAAGCCGCCUGUGUCGAGCCGCAGAAUACCAGCUGCCGCUUCCUCCGCUACGAGGGAUUCUGGCGAAUCCUUCUUGGACAAUGGUUCGCCGGUCGACAUGGGGAAGACCGAACCCGAUAUCCCUCGCGGCCGCCCCAUGAGGGACUCGCACGAUCUCUCCCUGCCCACUCGGCAGUAUACCCGCGACUCGCUCGUUACGAACAUGCUGUCGUCCCUCGACCAGUUCUCCCUCGGCCAGAUCCACACACCGCUUGGCAACGACUUUGACGAGGAGGAAGACGACAGUUUCGGUGUCCCCCGGGGCGACGGUUUCUCGAGGUCGAUGACGGGCAGUACCCGUCCGGCACUCAUGUACAGCGCUGGGAACAGUCACAGCCAUGGCCAUAGCCAUAGCCAUAGCCACAGCCACAGCCACGGAUACAGCUAUAGCUCCGACUUCGACGGCACCGAUGACGGGGCGAGCAAGAUAUCCAGUCAGUUUUCGAGAGGCCGCCGCAGCAACAGCAGCUCGGGCUUCCAGUCCAGUCUGGGGAGGAUCAAUAGUAUGCGGGAGGGGAGCCAUCCUAGCGCACCGGCCAAGAGCCCGCUCCAUUCGAGAGGAGGGAAGACGAGCAAGAGUAGCAGCAUGAACAGCAUUGACGUCGGAGGAUAUGCACAAGUUUUGGCGUCGCAGCGGCUCACACAUGGCAUGGGCGGCAGGUCGACAAGUUUCGACCACGGACAAAGGCUCCCUCUCAACCCUCUCAACACUAACGCGGAUUCGCCGAGUGCUUGGAAGACCGAGUUCUCCAACACAUUCCUGGUCGAUGAUUAUGAAGCAGCACCGACCCCCACAAUUCCUGGAGGCCCUCGUCGUCUGACAAUACCAUCCUCACCCGCCGUGAGGCCACCUGCGCCUCCGGCACCCGAGCCGAAGACACCGGAUCGUAAGAAAAACACAAGAUCGAGGAGUGGUACGAACAAAACAACGCAGUCCAACAAAUAUAAUACAGCUUCGCGGCCAAUGCCGGAGCCCGCAUUACCUACGCUCGAUCUUGAUUCUGCCCCCGCGCCACAUGUUGGUUAUGAGAAGUCAAAGGAUGCCCAACAAGACGGCCCAAACUCUGCACCCCCAACCAAGGAGCGCCAGGGCUUCUUUAGCCGACUUUUUGGCUCUUCUCGAAAUGCGCCGGUCGUUGUCGAAUCAACCUCGGCACCCGUUACUUCGACGCCUGCUGACACCGUCGAACGUACGGGGAGUAGGACACAACACAUUGCUUCCCAGAUGAAAGCCGAGUCUGCUCCUCCGUCAAGGGACUCCCAACCAGCUCCUCCACCUGAUCGCGUUAUACAGAAGAAAUCUUCUUUCUUCCGCAGGAGGAAAAAGUCGAUUGCUGAACCACCGAUGCCGCCACCUCCUAUUCCUGCAGCAAUGGACCUCACCGGAACACGGGACGAGUCUAUUCCUGCAGCGAUGGACCUCACCAGAACACGGGACCAGUCCAUUCCCAAACCCGAGCCGAGCCCCGUCAGCAGCUUACGCCAGGUUAUGAACCCGUAUCUGGCGGGCAGCACUCCAUCCACGCCCAGUGGACUCUUAAAGGCGCGAGCAGAUGGUCCCUCACGCUCGUAUGAUCUCGAGUCGCGAGACGAGGAGAACAACAGAAGGACCAGGGGCUUCUCGCCAGACUACGAACCGAGCCCCAGUGCAACCAUCAGGACCGUGAAAUCUACCCCAGCCCUGAAGAACUCGCGCGGUCACACUGAAAGCCCAAUGCGGAGCCCACCCGACGUGCCUGCGAAGCCGGUGAGCGGUCAGGAUACGGCGACGUUUUUCCAUGACAGCAGUGAUGAGGGUGAAGGAACGCGUCGGCAUCGUAGCAGCAGACCUUUCCCCUUGGCCGAUGACUCGAAAUCCGAAGCUGAGACUGCUAGGAGCCCGGGACUGAUGAAACCUGAGCCCUCACCGAGCCUCGCGUUGAAGAAAAACAACACGUUCGAUUCAGGACAGAUCCAGCCGAGCCUCGGGCUCCCGAUCGAAGGCAGUCGAAGUUCCCUACGCAAGUCGCCGUCUCGCCCAGCGCCAAGUCCAUCAGCUAGCAGUCUGCCCAGCCUCAAGGUUGACAGUGCUGAAGUCAGCCCCGGAUUGGUGGGCGGACCUAUGGAUGAACCCGAAUUUGCGGUGGGAGAGCCAACCGAAGAUGACCGGCAGAAGGCGCAGCGCAUCUACGAUGGAAACGAGGACUUCAUACAGAAAGAAAAGGCUGCGGCAUGGAUGGGCGAGGAAGGGCUCGUGAGACAGAGGACCUUGAAGGCGUAUAUGGAUCUAUACGACUUUGAGAACCAAACUGUGCUUACGGCGCUUCGGCAAAUAUGCAGUCGCUUGGUAUUCCGAGCCGAGACACAGCAGGUCGACCGCAUUCUCGUGGCAUUCUCCCAACGGUGGUGCGAUUGCAACCCCAAUCACGGGUUCAAGACGAAAGAUGUGAUACAUACGAUGUGCUACUCGAUUAUGCUCUUGAACACGGAUCUUCAUCUGGCGAACAUUGAGCAGAAGAUGACCCGAAGCCAGUUCGUCAAGAACACCAUGACAACUGUGAAACAUGCGGUGGCCGAUUCGGCUCCAGAGGCCUACGACCGAACGAGCAUCCUGCCUGGUAAAAACACAUUACUAAGUCCAACCGACUCGGAAGCUGGCAUGUCCACUGGGGCUGAGCAAGAGCCCCCCCGCUGGAGACAUUCCUUUAGACCACCGCCCAGGUCCGAAUCGCAACUAGGUUUCCGUUCCGACUCGGGUACACCCGUGGAUACCUGCGGACCCCUGGUUAACUCACCCUUCGACGGGACCUUGCGAGCCUGGGAAGGGCAAAUGGAGACCGUGCUCAAGGAUAUCUAUACAUCUAUUCGAGAUGAAAGACUCCCACUGUUCGGUGCAGAUCCUACUCAGACCCAGGCGCCACAGCAGACUGGCCUCUCCGUUAUGGGCAUGCUAAAACGGAGUCCGAGUGUCCUCAGCAAGGCACCGUCUGAGAGUCACGCCUCAAUGCGUGGGAGGAUCAAUGACGGCCGCAACAAUGGUGGGAGAUGGAACUCGAAGAGCCGCUCUCGGCCAAGGUUCGCAGGCAACGGAUUCUCGUCCAGCCGCACUAGUUUCGAUGACGGCAAUUCCAUCUGGAGUCCGACUGUAUCCUCUGCCACGUGGAGCCGCUACUCGCUGGGUAGGACCCAUACCUCGAUGUCUAACGAGUCCUUUGGGUCGGGAUUCCCCCACGGUGAUUAUCAUCAGUCUAUCGGGUUUGCCAAUGCACUGAGUCAGGCCAUCAUCCGAGAAGAUGGGCCCCCUGGUAACAGCGCCCAGUCUGUUAUGAGCGACGAAAUCCCAACUACGCAGCUACUCGAAGACGAAUCGCUUGAGCUACUAGGUUCGCCUUGGGCAAAGGAAGGCAUCGUCAUCCACAAGCACCAUCUGGACGGGAUUGAUAAGAAGGCUAAGGAACGCAACUGGUCCGAGGUGUUUGCUGUCGUCCAAAAGGGAACGAUGAGUCUGUUCUCCUUUUCCACCAAAUCUAUGCGCCAUAAGGCCCGCUCAGGCCGGAAGCAUGCAGCAGGGGCAGUAGUCGGCGGUGGUAAUUGGCAGGAAAAUGCAACGAGUGUUGGGACUUUCUCUCUGCGACAAACAAUGGCCUCGGCUCUCCCUCCACCAGGCUACUCGCGUUCCCGCACGCAUGUGUGGGCUCUGAGUCUCCCAACGGGGGCUGUGCACCUGUUCCAAGUCGGGACCCCCGAGAUCAGCAAGGAGUUCGUUCUAACUGUCAACUACUGGAGCGCCCGCCUCAGCACACAUCCUCUUAUGGGGGGUAUCAGCAACAUUGAGUAUGGCUGGAGUGAUGACAUUGUCAACAACGCGCUGGUCAGCGCUAUCAACGAGACUACCCAGCCUGCUCGCCCAGGUAGCGCUGCUGCGCCAGGACGCAGUAGUAUGCACAGCCGUCAGGGGAGCCGUCAGAGCAGCAUUCGUUCCUCUUUUGACGUCGGUACUAGCAGCAACCGCAUCAAGCUUCCUGGGGAUCGGGUGCAUAUCACCGAGUGGACGCCACCAGCCCAGUCCAUGCGAGCAAGCAACUGCUCGGAGGCUGAGCAGUUAGAGACCCUUCUCGCUUACGUCAAGUCCAUCGAGGACGAGCUCCAGCAGCACAAUCAGUUACGAUCUCCAAUGCUUUUGGCGUUCACGCCCCGCGGCCAGAAUUCGGGCAAGGCAAUGUCCAAUUGGGAGCGAAAGAGCAGCUAUCUCCUGCGGGAGAUCGUGAAAUUCAGGACAUAUGUUGAUUCCCUGCAGGAGGCAGGCGCGAGACGGGCGGAGAUCUUGACUGAGCGUGAGAACGCGAGGCGGGCCGCCAGGGGCGAAGAUGUUGGCGAUGAAGACGUUACACUUAAAGUUGCCUAG